UAAUUAAAUAAAUAUUAUUAAAAAAAAAAAAAUUAUUUGCUUUUAAUGUUAUGAACACAUUAUAAAAGUAUUUUUCAACAUAAACACUUCAAAUUACACACUGGAAUAUUAAAGUGUAUAAAAUAUGUAUAUUGAAUAUUUUAAACUGUUAUACAUAAAGCUACAAUUAUGUUUUAUAAUAAUUAAUGUGCUAUAAUUAAUUGGAAAAAAAGAAAAAAUAAAUUGGAAUUUCAGAAAAAAAAAAAUAAUAGUGAAAAAUAAAAUAAAUUGAAAAAUUUUAUAUGAAAUUUCCGCCAUAAAAAACGGAUAAUUUGCAAAAAGAGAAAACAAAAGAUUUUAAAUUUGGAAUUCUUGGAUUUUUAUAAAUAUAUAUAUAUUUUUUUUUUAAUUUCGUUUCUUUUGGAUAUAAUAUGCCAAAACAACACAAUUAUGGUGAAUUGCCUGCUGGUUGGGAUAUUGCUACAGAUUAUGAUGGAAAAGUUUAUUAUAUUGAUCAUAAUAAAAAAGAAACUACAUGGCUGGAUCCAAGGGAUAGAUAUACAAAACCACAAUCCUUUGAAGAUUGUAUCGGUGAUGAAUUACCACAUGGUUGGGAAGAAUCAUAUGAUCCAAAUAUCGGACGUUAUUAUAUUGAUCAUAUACAUCAAACGACACAAUUGGAGGAUCCUAGACAAGAAUGGAAAAGUGUCCAAGAAGCGAUGCUCCGCGAAUAUCUUAAUGCAGCACAGGACGUCUUGGAAAAGAAAAAAGAAAUUUAUGAUGUUAAGAAACAACGUUUAUGUAUAGCUCAAGAUGAAUAUAAUCAUUUGAAUACAUUAGCAGCUAGCCGAAGUAGUCUUUGCUCUUCUUCAAGUUCAAUAAACACACGGCCUGAUCCAGAGUUGUUGAAAGUAGAUCUUGUUUUAGCUAGAGAACGAGUUAGAAAAUUAAAACAGGAAUUAAAUAAUUUAAAUAAUGAUAUCUCAUAUACACAACGUGGUGUGGACACAUUAUACAGCGUUGAACAAAAAUUAAAUGCACAUGAAACUGGCUGCUAUGAUAUAUCGGAAGUUCAAGCAAUACGUGAAGAAAUGAUUAACAUUCAUAAAAUGUUGGUGUCUGGUGAAAAAGUCAAAGAAAAACUAAUGCAAAGUUUAGUCAAAUUAAAAAAUGACCUCACACGUCAACAAUAUUGUGAAGAUUCAGAUAUAGGUUCAUCAGCUUUUGAUCGAGUCUGUGUUGCAUCACAAACAGAUUUAUGUGCAGAAAAUAUGAAUAGUGGUGCUAAAUUUGCUGAAAUGGCUAAAACUAAAUUACAGUAUAGUGAAUGGCGAAAACGUAUUAAACAAUUACAACAACAAUUAGCGGAUCAUGCUGAAAAAAUUGAACCCGGUCAAUUAGAAUCAGAUAAAGAUCGUUUAUUAUUAAUACAAGAAAAAGAUAAAUUAUUAAAGGAGCUUCGUAGUAUAUUACCUAAGGCGAAAAAUCCAGAAGAAAUUGCAUCAAUACAAAAGAAAUGUAAAACAUUAGAAGAAGAUUUAAAUAGUGCACAUGAAGCAACAAAUAUAUGUAUCGCAUACCGAUUACAACGCGAAAAUGAAAAGCAAAAUUUAAUUGCAAAUCUUCAAGAAGCAUUAAAAUCAACAAAAAUGCUUGAAGCCCGAUUGAGAUCGUUUUCAUCAGAGAGUACGUUUUCAAUUAGUAGCGGUUCAAGCGUUGGUUCAUUAUCAACAGCUAGUAGUAAAAGUGCACUUAGUUUUCCCGAUAUAUAUGGCGAUCUUUUAACGAUAGAUCCGCAAGUUGAUGUUCUUGAUUUACAACGUAGAUGCCAACGUCUUUCUCAACCUUCAGAAAUUUCAUUAUCACCAAGAAGUAGUUUAUCAAUGGAAACACCUCCAGCAUCCCCAAUGAAAUAUAGUGAUGCCGUAGCUCAGUUAUUACAGCCAAAUCAUCAGCUUCUAAAAGAAGAACCAACAUAUGCUAAUGCAAAUUUUGCAUCACCAACAAUUCAUUCAGAGUUGGAUUCAACUGUUCUAGAUUGCGUAAGAUUGGAAGAAAGAUUGCAUGAACUAGAAGCGAAACAACCAUACUCAAUAGCUCCUUUAUCACCAAUUUAUGAAAAACCUUCAUUAUUAGAUUUGCCACAAGAUAUUUUAAGUCGAUCGUCAUCAACAUCAAAUACUCGUUCAGUGUCGGCUGCCGUGAGUAAUGAAUCAGUGGCAGGUGAUUCUGGUGUUUUUGAAGCAUCUAGAGCACUACAUAUGCCCAAAAAGGAAUUAGCGCAAGUUCAAAUUGGAAUUAAAUAUUCAAAAGCAGAAGGUAUACUAUUUGUAACAAUAGAGAGAGCAAGAAAUCUAGUAGCUCUAGAUGUUGCUGAGAAUUCUCAAAUAUAUCUACGAGCAGCGUUAUUACCAAACUCAUUGCAGUCUAUUAGAACUAAAACAGUUACAGAAUUACAGAAACCUGUUUUUGGUGAAAGUUUUUCAAUCCCUAUUUCGUUAUCUAAAAUACUUAGUAAAGUUCUACAAGUCACGGUCGUCUGCGUUUCAGGGCAGAAGGAGGAAAUAAUUGGCACAAUUCAAAUAAGUCUUGCUGAAUUUAAUCCAGAAGAUUCAACAUUAAAAUGGUACAAUAUAUUAAGUUCAAAACUUCUCUCAAAUUUUGAUACGUAUGAGAUAUCUGGAGCUUGUAAAGAAGAAUCAUCUGAUGAAUCAACUAUAAUUUCAUCACAAACAUCAACUUUAACUAGAAAUCAAGGCCACGCAUUAGAUAUUCAAGCACAAAUUGCUGAAGAAUUAAAAGAACAUUUGAAUUUGAAUGAUGAAGUUGACGAUGAUGACGAUGAGGAUGAAGAAGAUUCUGAAGAGCAUGCAAAUUUAACUCAGAAAAUGCUUGAUGCUUAUAUGAGUAAUGUUAAACAAGAAUACGUUGAUAAAGAAACAAAUACAGAAUGUGCUUUUCCACCAGAAAAAUGUAGAGCUAAUCACUUUGAUAACGGUGCUUCAUCAUCUUCUCAUUUAUCAGUGCCAACAAAAGAUGGUUUAGGAACUUUGGAUGAGCGACAUGUUAAAAGAUCCCAGACAUUUUCACCAAGUGCAGCUGUUGCUAAAAACCGUUAUAUUUGUCGUUUAAACAGAAGUGAUUCUGAUUCUGCAAUGCAUUUUGGAGGAACACCACAUCCUUUCCAACGUGGUGCAGUAGAAAGACGUUCGCUAAGAUUCCAUACUAAAACCCUCAAGCCAAUGUCAAAAAUUCCCCAUGCUCAUAUACCAAGAACCAGUUUAGAUUUAGAAUUAGAUCGUCAAGCACAGCAUAGUAAAUUGAAUUGCUUAAACGAUGAAAUUUCAAAAUUAAAAAAUCUAAAAGAAACACUUGAACAAGCUCUUGAUAAUAAGGAUUUUAAAGUUGCGACAUGGGCCAUAGAGAAUGAAGAUUUUCAACGUUUAGUAGGAAGAAUGGAUCCAGCAAAUUCACCUGAGGAAAAACAAUUACAAAAACUAUUGCAUAAAACAUCUAAAGAAAUUUAUAAACUACGUAAAACUAAAGUAGCGAAAGGUGCACCCGACCUAAUUACAUUCAAAGAAAAAAUUGCAUUUUUCACUCGUAAAGGAUUAUCAGUACCUGAAUUGCCAACAGAAUUAGUUGUAACAGAAGAAAGUAAUUUGGACUAUGAAUUAAAAAAUGAAAAUUUAAAUUCAACAGAAGUUUGUUUGAGUAUUAAUGAAAAUAAUAAUGAAAAAUUGAAUAAUAUAAUAGAAGAUCAGCAAAUUUCUAAACAAAUAUCUGAAACAAAUGAUAUUAAUGACACAAAUACAAUUUUAAAACCAAAUGGCAACAAUAACAACAGUACGGCAACUCCACAAAAGGAUAAUAAUUCAUACGAGUAUAUUGUUGAUAGAACCUAUGGAGUAGAAGUGUAAAAUACAUUAAAUAGAAAAAUGUUAAUUGGAAAAUAAAACAAUUAUUAAUUGUUUCAGAAGAUUUUGGAAAUAUACUCUGAAAUAAAAAAUUUACUUUUUUGGGGCAAAAAAAAAAUUGUAUAGAUAGAUUUAGAAUGUUUUGAAUUUUACAAAAUUACGACAAAAUUAAAAAAAAAUUCCAUUUCGAAUAAAAGAGAUUUAGAAACACAAACACAAAAAAAAAUCGAGAAUUUUACGAAUAUGUAAAACAACAAAAAAAAAAAAGUUUCAACUGAGUAUCUAUACAGAAAUUUUUUAAUGUUUAACAUUUAUAUGUUCAAGUCCUUCAAAUGAUUACACUUGACUUAAAAAAUGUAUUAUAUAAAUCGAAUAACAACCCUAAGGCCGAAAAAGUGCAAAAGAUGUGUUAUUCUAAAGUUGAUUUUAGUUUAGAAACUAAAAUUCAUUAUUAAAAAUUAAGAAGAAAUAUUAUUUUCUUAAUAAAUAUUAAAUAUAAAUAUAUAAAAUUAAAUAUGCAUAAAAUAUGCGCAGAAUAUAUUAUAAAUAUGUGUUUAAACUCAUAAUUUAACAUGAUAAAUGUUAUAUAAUAAAUGCAUAUUAAUAAAUUCAUAAUAUUAUAUUAAAAACCCAUAGUUAAAAAUAUAGAUACGUAUACAUAAUUACAUAAUUAAAUAAUAAUUAUUACAAAAACAAAAA